AGUACCAUCCAAGAUUUGACAGUCCACCGUGCAACUCCUGAGGCUAUUCCGCGUCUCCAUGAGAUAUGCAAAUCAAAAAACCCAGCGUUGGCACAUGGGGAACUGCAAGAGAAAGUGCUGAAAAGAGAUUGGAAGAAGCAGAAACAACUGGCUGCUGAUUCCUUGGAGAAAAGGAAAUUGACUCUGAUGCAUGAGAUUGUGUCUGAUCAGCACCAUUUUCAAGAUGUGUUGGAACGAUCUGAUCAGGUUAUGGCUGUGGCAAAAGACUUGCUUGGGGACGUUCCUCGCACACGAACAGGUAGGCCAUCUUAUUUAUAUGCUCUUAAAGAAGUGGAAGAGGAAGCAUCCUCAAUCUAUCAAUCAGAGGAUGGACACCAUGAUUCUUUGAAUUUCAAAUCCAGCAUCAAUUCUAACAGGCUGCUUCGGUUACUGAGAGAAGAAAAUUCCUUGGUGAAUUCUCAGUUAUGGGCUGAAAAGGAUACAAGAAAAAAUAUCUUACAACAGGAAUCCCAUGUGCCUUUGACUCCAACAACUGUUUCUCGGUCACUGGAUCAGUCAGCCCUCAAUGCUACUGAUGUUAUCAAGAGAAUCCGUUCAAAACUCCAGAAUGAACAUGAAGAAGAGGCUGUAAAUGACACUGACACCGUGAGACAAGUAUUGAACCCGAAAGCAAGGAAUCAAAAGCAAACUGCAACAAAAAUGAAAAGAAAAACUUCACAGACCUCUGCAAGACAGGAGAGUGAUGAUUCUCCAGCUAAUUCAAUCCCUAUUGACCUUCAGAGGGACAACAAAUCCAACCUAGAUGUCCUUAACCACAUGAUACAUGAAUUGGAGCAUGAAUUGGAGGAAUAUGAGCGAUGUACAGGUCGUGAGAUUCAAAAAACUGAGAGAAGUGAAGGCCUCACUGGGUUUACCCUGUCACUGGUGAACGCUCUCUGUCGUUUGAUGCGCUACCUCAAAGAGAGUGAAAAGCAGCUGCAUGAGAGAGAGGUGAUGAGACAGAAGCAUGAGGAGAUGUUGAAUGAACACAGAGAACUGAUUGAUGCUCUGACUGCAGAAAUACUUCUAGUGAGGGAAGAGAACAUUACUCUGCAGAAGAAGCUUCAGCAGUACAUGACAGUAACAGAUGAACAGCUGACCUCACUCACACAAGCAUUUAAAGGCCUCCCUUUAGUAGAACCAAGAAGAGAACAAAGUCCAAACUAUUUUGGAAUUGCAAGCAAAGCUCCAGUGAACAGCCAAGAAAAACCUGAUUUGAACUAUUUUGGGCCUGGGGAUGGUGCAGGCAACAGGGUAAGUAUGCUGAGAUUCCCAGAGGAAGAGCUUCCUUUCAAGUUUCCCCAGAGGUCAGACGCUUCAGGUGGUGCAGGAGCUGGUAGAAGCUUCCCAUUUCACAUCUUCCAGCCAGCUGUGCUGCUGUCGCCCCCCCGGCAGAAGAGCAGUCAGGAAUUGUCUCCUCUCCAGAAUGUGUUUACAGCCCUUCCUCAGUCUCCUGACACUGAAAGAGAGCCAUGCAGGGAAAGGAGCUCACCUUCCUCCCUGAGAACACAGAGCACAAUUGAGGAAAACUGUCUCAUCUCUCAAAGGCAACCAGUUCCUCCUGCAGACAAAGACUUGCAGAGUUCCCACAAGAAAAUCAGCCUGUCCUGCUCAGGUGACACUAACAAAAACAGCACAGCUGAGGAGUUCCUUCAGAACGGUGAUCUACUGGGACAGAUAGCUGAGCAGCUCACACGACAAAACUCUCUCAUUAAAGCUCAACUGAGCGAACUCAGAGGCUUUACUGAAGACACAAGUGACUGCCCACAUCAGCCAGACCAAAUACAAAAUGCAAAUCCUGGUCCAGACCAUUCACAAGGACAGACUCGUCUCCUGGUAUCGAAGCGCUUGGAGGAAAGAAUAGCAGAGCUGAAUCGUCAGAGCAGAGAAGCCCAUGAUCAGCUGUUGCAGUUAAUAGACCAGCAGAAAUCAACUGCUGACAAUAUGGUCCCUCUGACAUCUCCUGUUCUGCCCCCACCCCUAAAUUGUACUGAAAACACAAGGAAGACAAUUGAGGUGUCCAUUCCUGUGGCAGUUGCUGUUGACAGCUCCAAAGAAGAUAGUGUUUCCCCUGCAAGUAUGACCAGUAUAAGAAGGUCUGUAGGAGACUCCAGCAAACCUUGUUCACCCCAAAGUGACAUACCAGAAAGUGGGAAAUUAACUUCUGUCAGCCAAAGGCCGAAGGUGGGAAAGCAAAAAGAAGAAGGCUGGUUUGCAUUGUCAACACACAUUAUGUAA